AUGGAGAGAGCACAGGGCCUAGCUGCCUUCCUGCCUCCGCCUAGGCCAGCCAAGCCCGGUCAUGAUGCUCGCGCCCCGCACGAGCUCAAUGCCCUUGAAUGCCGCGGGUCUGCAUCGUCAGCUGCACCAUGCAGCCCAUCACUGACAGCAGCUCUGCCGACGCGGGGUCCAGCACGACGUACAGUAGAGGCUCUAGACGUCAGAGCCAAGUUGGCGCACUCUCCGGUCUCGCCACCAUUCACUGGCCCUAUGUCUCCGCACUUGGGCGCCUCACCGUGCCUCGCGGCAAAGAAGGUUUCUCGCUCCUCAGAUGUUUCCCUGGCAGCGCCGGCGGUCCUACGUGAGACGGAGACAUCUGCGGCUGCGUCGUCGGCAUCCGUGCUGCUUGCACCGCCAAAACCGAUGUCUCAGGACUUCCAGGGCGCAAACCUUCUCGCCCAGGUCGCAAACGACGAGUUGGAGCAUCUACGCGCGGAGGAGCAAAGCUUGCGGAGCCUUUGGCAGCAGCUGCAGGCCACGCCACGAGGGGAAGACCCGACCGGACAAAAUGUCCGCCGUGUUGAGGCCCCAGGGCAGGGCAGUUGCCGAUUGGAGGCAUUUCGACAGGAGGCUGCCGCAGAUGAGCUGCACCUGGCUGAGCAGGAGCUGCACCGCCUCACCCGGCAAGCCGAGUGCCAGGAGCUUCGCCAAAGACGUGAAGCCGAGGAGUGGCGUCAGGCUUACUGUCAGGCACGAGAUGCUGCGUCGAAAGCCCGUCGCGCAGAAGCAGAAUCAGCUGCCGAGCUCCGGCAGCUGGAGCAGCACGUGGUCUCGUUGAGAGAAGCCUCAGACCAGGCCCGCGCCGAUCUCGAGGAUGCCCGGGCAUCCUGCUGGGCUACGGAGGCCCGGGUCGCGGCGGAAACGCGAAGCCUUCAGGAGGAGCUGCAAGAGGCCCGCCAGGCGGCAGCAGGAUGGCUGCCAGCUGACUUUUGGACAACCUCGGAGCCCUUCGACGCUGCUGCGGCCCAAGCCCGUGAAAGUCAACUCCGCACCGAGCUUGCCGAGCUCUUUGAGCGAGAGGCUCGGGCUCGCUCCCUCUUGGAACGCCUGAGAGACCUCCGCAGUGAUGCGGAGCUGCAUUUGCCGGUCAUGGAGGUGGAGAGGAACCAGGAGAAGGUGCAUGCCAUCGAUCCAACAGAGGAGCACCAAAUCUUGCGGAGCACUCCUUCCGCGCAGAGCAGCGGAAGCUGCGAGCAGCCUCAUGAGGAACACGCUCCCGAGCAGAGCUCCGCACAGCAACGGCUCCGCCUGCUACAAGAGCGAGCUGCCAAGCUCCACGUCAUCAAGGAGCAUCUCCA